UGGUAACAAAAAAAGGCUUUGUUAAGCUGAGUAACUGUAAGCAUUCUUCCCCAUUCGAAACUCGCCCAGGCAUUUCACUGCACAGCUUAAGCUCCAACAUGUUUGUUGUGCUGUUCAUUUGCCUCUUCGUUUUCUUCAUCUUUCUCUACAAAUUCCUCACCGCUUAUGGCGAUUUCACUUUGAUGUCUAAGAAGCAACCUAAACGCCAACAAAUUGAAGAUAAGGUUGUUUGGAUUACUGGUGCUAGCCGAGGAAUUGGGGAGAUUCUGGCUAAACAGCUUGCAAGUUUAGGGGCCAAGCUUAUAAUCUCUGCAAGGAAUGAAGUAGAGCUAAACCGAGUAAGGGCACAGCUGAAAGGUAAGCAUGCACCUGAUGAAGUCAAGGUUUUACCGUUGGAUUUAUCAUCUGGAGAGGGUUCUCUUAGGGAAGCUGUCGAGAAAGCAGAAUCUUUUUUUCCGGAUGGUGUUGAUUACAUGAUCCAUAAUGCAGCUUUUGAGCGUCCUAAAACAUCAAUUUUAGAUGUAACUGAGGAAGGUCUUAAGGCUACAUUUGAUGUGAAUGUUCUGGGGACAAUAACUCUCACAAAGCUCUUGGCACGUUUCAUGUUGAAGAGGGGGCAUGGUCAUUUUGUGGUGAUGAGUAGUGCAGCAGGAAAGACACCUGCCCCAGGUCAGGCUGUAUACUCUGCUUCUAAAUUUGCACUCAAUGGUUACUUCCAUACCUUGCGUUCAGAGCUCUGUCAGAAAGGAAUCCAGGUAACUGUGGUCUGUCCUGGUCCAAUAGCAACAUCAAAUAACGCUGGAUCAAGGGUUCCAUCUGAGAAGCGUGUGUCAGCAGAAAGGUGUGCUGAGCUAACUAUUAUUGCUGCAACCCAUGGCUUAAAGGAAGCUUGGAUAUCAUAUCAGCCUGUGCUGUUUGUCAUGUAUCUCGCUCAGUACAUGCCAACUGUUGGUUAUUGGGUCAUGGACAAGGUUGGUAAAAAUCGUGUAGAAGCUGCUGAAAAGAAGGGCAGCACAUAUUCUUUGAGCUUACUUCUUGGAAGAAAGAAGACUGCUUGAUGCCCAUUUGGACACGUUUUUCUAAGAUUUGUAUCGAAUAUGAUGUAGUAGGACUCUUAGACCCUUAUACCAAUUGACGAAAUACUCCUAAGUAGUAGACAAAAAUAUACUUUAUUUUUUACCAAGGAGGGUGACAUGUUUGCUGAAUUAGUAAAUUUAUUCAUCUUGUGGUAAUUGAACCUGUACAUUCACAAUUCAUUGCCUGCAUCAGGUAAAAACGAUGCAUACCUCAA